AUGUAUGCCCACCGACCUCAGCAAUGGGUGCUGGCAUUCCUUACGCUUGCUAGUUACUCUAUUCUGCUGGUGCGUGCCAUGCAAAUACCUCAGGACGUUGAAAUACUUGAAGGAUACCAGUUUGACGAAUCGCCCGAAUACUACUCAACUGAUUCAAAUUACUAUGAGGCAAGAAGCCUGCUAUCUGGGUUUAAAAAAGCCAUUCGCAAUAAACGUUCAACAUUAGAAUACGACCAGGCUAAAGGCUUGGUGGUGGGAGGCGGUUCGCAAUCAAACAACCUUCAGGAAUUUACACAAAAUAUUGGUAGCCAGCAUAUUAAGGUGCACGAAAAGGAGGAAAAGAGUGAGGAUGAUAAGUUAGGAGCCGAUAUGCCACGGGCGGAAAAACAAAUAAUGGACCCCGAUUAUGACUACUAUUCACAGCGGCACAUAUCCUCGUGGAAUGGUGCUUAUGGAUCGUCCGCGUCGAGCAGUGCGUCACGUGCACCCGCUGGUGUCGAGGAUGUCAUGGCUGAUGCUAGUAAUAGUUAUGUAUCGAGAGGACGUCAAGCGCGCGUCAAUUUUAUCACGCAACCCACAAAGGAUUCUAAUGACGCUGCGAAGGAAUUGACGGAACCAAUUGUAUCCAAACUGCCAAUUCCCAAAGUUCAUUAUGAUGCAAAAUAUCCGUCUAUUGCACCAGCCUAUAACUAUGAAAUGUAUCCAUCCCGCUCUUACGCGCCAUAUUUACGACGCUACGAUCGCAGCUUUGAUGAGCCGUAUUCGCGUUACGAUCCCUACAACUAUGAAGACCAUUACUUAUAUCGUCGGCGCUACGACCCUUACGAUAGCUACAGUCCACGUUUUCCACAAUAUCCCGAACUCUACUACAAUUAUCCCGAUCGCCGCUACGACAUACCAGAGCCCAGGGACUAUAUUCCACUUUACAAUAAUGAAAUCUACGAUAAGGCAUCUUAUCCGGCAGCUAAUUAUCCACCUGUUGACGGCUACACGUCGGCCAAGUAUCCAGAAUAUUCGCGGAAUCAACGCCGCAUAGUCUAUUAUGCACAUUUACCGGAAAUUGUGCGCACACCUUACGACUAUGCCAACAGAUACGACCGCUAUGACGACCUAAUGAAGGCAAAUAAAGCCAUCACCGGAGCGUAUAAAUACGACAAACAGGCGUCUGGUAGUGGAAGCUCUUUGAGCGGUACCGUCGCAAACACAGACUCCUACGACUACAUGAAGCGCGACAAGAAGGAUCGGGCAACGCCAAAGCCCAGUAAGGUUAGCGUUAGUGGCAGGCAGUAAGUGAUGGCGCAGCUCAAAGCUACAAACUGUCCGUUUGCCACAGAGAGAGCAAACAGAGCACAGACAAAAACCGAAAAUUUUCAAAGGAAAAUAAAGUUACAUAGCUUGUAGUUAAUAUUUUACAUACAUACAAAUGUCGUAAUUAUCCGAAUCUAUAAUAUUGCAUUCAUGUAUAUUA